CCCCCUCUUCUUUCAGCCUGGAUUUCCUUGCGCGGCGCCGGGAUUACGCACUUCCGCUUCCGGUUGCGAGGGGGCUCGCGUCGGCUGGUGCGGUGGGCGCGGGCCUCUAGGUCCCAGAGAGUGAAGACUUCAUCCCAAGGUCAUGGCAAAACACCUGAAGUUCAUUGCCAGGACUGUGAUGGUGCAGGACGGGAACGUGGAAGGGGCAUACAGGACCCUGAACAGAAUCCUCACCAUGGAUGGGCUCAUUGAGGAUAUCAAGCGACGCCGGUACUAUGAGAAGCCUUGCCGCAGACGACAGAGGGAAAGCUAUGAAACCUGCCGGAGGAUCUACAACAUGGAAAUGACUCGCAAGAUCAACUUUUUGAUGCGAAAGAAUCGGGCAGAUCCAUGGCAAGGCUGCUAAGGCCUGUGGAUAGUAGGCCCAGUAGGAAAACACGUAUCUGGUUGUAUCUCCAUCUCUUUUCUUUCUGCGACCCGUUUCUUGCAAUAAACUCAAUCACGUAUAUACAAGAA